AUGCACCCUGACACCAUGAAACGGCGGAAGCCCAGACACCCGCAUGCGUCACGUGCAGCCGCGCUCCGCCCACGCACCCUGAAAGCCGUGCCUUGCUCCCCCCGUUACCCGUCCUCCCGGCCUCGCCCUCUCGAUUCUCCUCCAUUUCCAACUUUUCGCGACCAUCCAAAAACACUGCAUCACCGACUUCCAGCCUCCAGCACAAAACACAUGAAACUCUCGACCACGUCCGUCUCGCUCGCGGGCGCAGCGCUCACCGUGUUGUUGCUGUUCCGCCUGCUCGCUGGCCACGCGGGCGCGCAGUCCUGGCUGCCGUUCUCGUCGGUAUACGUGCCCAACUUCAAGAACGUAGAGGGCGUCGAGUACUACGACCUGCGCAACUACCAGGGAAACCGCGACGGCUGGCAACGCGGCGACCGCGUGCUGUUCACAGUGCCAUUGCGUGACGCCGCCCAGCACUUGCCCAUGUUCUUCGACCACAUGGACCGCACCACUUACCCGCACAACCUCAUCGACCUCUCGUUCCUCGUGAGCGACUCCUCCGACAACACCAUGGGCGAAUUGCUCGCGCACUUGCAGCGCGCCCAGUCCCACCAGGACAAGUCGCGUCGGUUCGGCAACAUCGAGAUUUUCGAGAAGGACUUCGGCCAGGUCAUUGGCCAGUCCUUCUCAGACCGUCACGGUUUCGCCGCCCAGGGCCCCCGUCGGAAACUCAUGGCGCGUGCGCGUAACUGGCUGGGAUCCGUCGCCCUCAAACCCUACCACUCUUGGGUUUAUUGGCGUGAUGUCGACGUUGAAACCAUUCCAGAGUCCGUACUAGAAGACCUCAUGCACCACGGCCGCGACGUCAUCGUUCCCAACGUCUGGCGUCCGCUCCCAGACUGGCUGGGCAACAUUCAACCUUACGAUCUAAACUCGUGGCAAGAGUCCCAAGGUGGCCUCGACCUGGCCAGCUCGCUCGACGAGGACGCCGUGAUCGUCGAGGGCUAUCCGGAAUACGCCACUUGGCGCCCUCAUCUCGCCUACAUGCGCGACCCUUCCGGGAACCCUGAAGACGAAAUGGAGCUGGACGGCAUCGGAGGUGUGUCCAUCUUGAGCAAAGCCAAAGUGUUCCGUACUGGCUCCCAUUUCCCGGCUUUCUCCUUCGAGAAACACGCCGAAACCGAGGCCUUUGGCAAAUUGUCACGUCGCAUGGGUUACAGCGUCGUCGGGUUACCCCACUACGUCAUCUGGCACAUCUACGAGCCCUCCACAGACGAUCUGCGGCACAUGGCUUCGAUGGCCGAGGAGGAGAAGCGCCGUCUCGAAGAAUCCAAGAUCCGCGAGUUCUUCGACCGCGUAUGGGACCUAGCAUUCGACGACGUGCGUGACGACUGGGAACUAGAGCGUACCCAGAUCAUGAAGAACAUCGACCCCAACGUGCUGGAUCGCGAGAUUGAAGUAGACUGGAGCGGCGACGACGAAGACAUGGUCGCUGCUGACGACGACACCGACGACACUGCAGGCGAACCUCUACAAUUCAACCCAGAUGAGCAAUGA